AUGCUUGAGGAUAAUGAUUCAUCAUCAACUGAAAUUCAAUGUAGUUUACAUUCUGAUAUUAAAGAAUUACAAUUACCUUACAUUAGAUUUUCACUUGAUAGACAAUCUAUCAAAAUAUUAGCUGAAACAGAUAUUAUACCUUUUUCAGACGUCGAUAAAGAAACAAUUAAAGAUACCUUAAAAUUCUUGGAUGAUUUUAUUAACCAUUUUCCAUCAAUGGUAAACAAUAAAAAACGUGAUUAUUGUCUUUUGGGUCAGCAUUUUUUACGAAAUGUUGGUUCUAUUCAAUUAAAUAAAGCUAUAAUAUUUAUUGAUAAACAAAAAUUACGUGAAAAAUCAUUUCCACCAAAUGAUAAAAGUAUUAACGAAAUUGUAAACUUCUUAUUCUUUCAACGGCCUAAACUUGCUAGAACUGAACAAUUUCUCGUUUGCGAGAACAAUGAACAUGGUGGAAAAGAUUUGUUGAACAUAUCUGAUGAAUAA